AUCGAAAAACAAGUUUUCGCGUAAAAAUGUCCUCUUUCCUUCGAUCGAUGAGCCCGCCGAAGGAUCCCGUGGUGGGCGAGAGAGGCGAAUACGCAGCAUGCUCGGUGCUUAACCACAUGCGCGUAUUAUCAUGACCGAUUUGAAAACAACUGCAUCUGAAGAAAAUACUUUGUCUGCAAAAGGAUACAAAUUACUCAAAUUCGUCGGUGAAGGUGCUUACGCUAAGGUUUAUUUAACCGAUUAUUCAACAAAAGAAUCUUCGAAUAAAAUUACACUCGCAUGUAAAAUAAUAGAAACAUCAAAGGCUCCAAAAGAUUUCGUCGUUAAGUUUCUACCUCGCGAAAUCGACGUUCUCAUACGCUUGAACCACCCACACCUAAUUCAUAUACAUAGUAUAUUUCAACGAAAAACUAAAUAUUACAUCUUUAUGAGAUACAGUGAAAACGGGGAUCUUCUCGGUUACAUUUUAAAAAACGGCUGCGUUUCUGAAAAUCAGUCGAGAGUGUGGUUUCGUCAAUUGGCAUUGGCUCUACAGUAUUUACACGAAUUGGAGAUUACUCACCGUGAUAUUAAAUGUGAAAAUGUGUUGUUGACAGCGAAUUAUAACGUGAAACUUUCAGACUUUGGCUUUUCGAGGUCUUGCGUGGAUGAAGAGGAUCAACCUAUUUUAAGUGAAACGUAUUGUGGUUCUAUGUCAUAUGCGGCGCCCGAGAUUUUAAGAGGGAAGCCGUACUUGCCGAAGCCUACUGAUUUGUGGUCUCUUGGUGUUGUCCUAUUUGUUAUGCUUAAUAAAUCUAUGCCGUUUGAUGACACACGGAUGCGUAAACUUUACGAACAGCAGAUGGGAAAAAAGUAUAGGUUUCGAUCUAGAGUUGCGAGUGUUUUGUCUUUGGAGUGCAAAUCUGUAGUUAAGCAUUUAAUGGAACCUGACCCUGGUUUACGACAUACUGCAGAGCAAGUGCUAGGUUCCGAGUGGAUUGCUAUGGACAGCAGACUUACAACUUUAAACGCUGUUGAAGCAGCUGCGUUGCAAAGAGCUAGAGAGGAGCGUCGAAGAUUAUCGGAUUCUCAUCGCAAUCCACCUAAAAGACAAGGAGACAUUUUGAGUCGAGAAACUAAAGAAUCGUUUAGAGUCAGUGAAAUGAUAAAGUCUCUCGCUAAUUUAACGGCUAGACAGAAAAAACCUGAAUAAAUGGAGGGAAAAGUUAAUAAGGUAUCAAUUGAAGACGAUUUGAAGUUAACGGGUUCUGAACAAUUAACACUAGCGACGCGUGGGUACAAAAUGAUAAAAAAAAUAAACGAGGGCUCAUAUGCAAAGGUAAGGCAACAUGUUAAUUAGAAAUAUUUCUCUCCAAAUGUACCUGAAUAUUUAAAAGUUUGUGUCUAUUUUUACAUAGGUGUAUCUAGCCGAAUACAGAAAUGCAAAUAAAAAUGAUAGAUUAUCGGUCCUUGCUUGUAAAGUGAUCGACACGAAUACAGCUCCGAAGGAUUUUGUUAAAAAGUUC